AUGAAGCAGAGGUUUUCCAGCUUGGACGUCAUAGCCCAUGAGCUUUCCGCCAAACUCACUUCGCUCCGAGUCACCAAUGUCUAUGAUCUGAGCUCUAGAAUCUUCCUCAUCAAGUUCCACAAGCCCGAUCACCGUGAACAGCUCCUCAUCGACUCCGGCUUCCGCUGCCACCUUACCGAAUAUGCGCGAACAACGGCCGCUGCGCCUUCCGCCUUUGUCGCAAAGCUGCGCAAAUAUCUGAAAACAAGGCGAAUCACCUCAAUCGCCCAGAUCGGUACCGACCGCAUCCUAGAGUUCCAAUUCUCCGAUGGAUUGUACAGGCUGUACUUGGAGUUCUACGCUGGCGGCAACAUCGUUCUGACCGAUGCCGAUCUGAACGUAUUGUCUCUGUUGCGCAAUGUGGAUGAAGGCGAGGAACACGAGAGGCUGAGGGUCGGCCUGAAAUAUAACCUGACCCUGCGACAGAAUUACGGUGGCGCUCCAGAGCUUACACAGGAGCGGGUGCGUCAGGGACUACAGAAGGCGGUUAAUAAACAACAAGAUCAGCCUGUAGCAACAGGAAAGAAGGCGAAGAAGGCAGGCAAGGAUUCUUUGAGGAAGGCGCUGGCUGUUUCCAUCACCGAAUGUCCUCCUUUGCUAGUAGACCAUGCGCUGCACAUUGCAAACUUCGAUUCGACCCUCAAGCCCGAGGAGGUACUCGCUGAUGACAGUCUUCUGGAUAAGCUUGUAGAGGUGCUCAAGAACGCAAGGAAGAUCACCGACGAGAUCACAACACCAGACCAGAUCAAGGGCUACAUUCUAGCUAAGCCAAAUCCGUCUGCACCUACGGCCGAUGAUGAGGCGUCCGAAAAAUCAAAAUUACUGUACGAUGACUUCCAUCCUUUCCGUCCGCAGCAGUUUGAGAACUCCGACUACACAUUCCUCGAGUUUGAUGGUUUCAACAAGGCGGUAGACGAAUUCUUCUCCUCGAUAGAAGGACAGAAGCUGGAGUCCAAGUUGACGGAGCGCGAACAACAGGCCAAGAAGAAGCUGGAAAAGGCACGCAAAGAACACGAGGAUCGAAUUGGUGGAUUACAGCAAGUGCAAGAUCUUAAUUUCCGCAAGGCGGAAGCGAUACUGGCAAACGUGCAUCGUGUUACCGAAGCUACCGAAGCUAUCAAUGGAUUGAUCAGGCAAGGCAUGGAUUGGGUCGAUAUUGCGCGCUUGAUCGAGCGUGAGCAAAACUCCGGCAAUGCGGUCGCGCAACUCAUCAAACUACCGCUGAAACUGCAUGAGAACACUGUCACCCUACUACUAGACGAGACCAACUGGGAGGAGGGGCAAGAGGGAGAAGAUGAGGGUAACGAGACAAGCUCCGUGAGUGAAGAUUCAGACGACGAGGACGAGAGUCCUAAGAAGAAGGCUCCCACACCAGCGGUAUCUGCUCGGCCUCAACUGGCUAUCGACAUCGACCUCGCUUUGAGCGCAUGGGCGAACUCAACAGAAUACUUCGACCAAAAGAAGACAGCUGCCGAUAAGGAGGAUCGUACCCUGCAAGCAUCAACUAGGGCGUUGAAGAGCCAUGAGAAGAAGGUUACAGAGGACCUGAAGAAGGGCUUAAAGCAAGAGAAGGAGGUAUUGCGACCAGUGCGCAAGCAACAGUGGUUCGAAAAGUACAUAUACUUCAUCUCCUCAGAUGGCUACCUGGUCCUUGGAGGCAAGGAUGCCCAACAGAACGAGAUCAUCUACCGACGCUUCUUGCGAAAAGGAGAUGUAUACGUUCAUGCCGAUGUCAAAGGAGCGAUGCCAAUGAUUAUCAAGAACAAGCCCGAUACUCCAGAUGCUCCCAUCCCUCCGUCAACACUAUCGCAAGCGGGUAACCUCUGCAUUUGUACAUCUGACGCAUGGGACUCAAAAGCCGUCAUGUCAGCUUGGUGGGUUCGUAGCGAUCAAGUCAGCAAGACUGGGCAGACGGGCGAGUUCCUCUCGGCUGGCAUGUUCAAUGUCAAGGGCAAGAAGGAAUUCCUGCCGCCAGCUCAGCUGGUCGUAGGUCUCGCUGUCAUGUUUGAGAUCAGUGAUUCAAGCAAGGCCAACCACCACAAACAUCGUGUGCAAGAGACUGCAGUUUCCGCUGCGGAGAUGGUUGACGAGCCCGCGGAUGAUUCGAAGACUGCAGACACGUCCAAGAUCGACAAUAGCGAUGACGACGACGACUUCCCGGACGCAAAGAUCAACUCCGACUCGGAAGACGACUUUCCCGAUGCAAAGAUGGAACAGACUGAGGAGAGUGAUGCCGAAUCUGAGGCUGCAGCGCCCAGGAGCAAUCCUCUCCAAUCCAGGACUACGGACAUGAGAGACGAUUCUGACGAGGAAGAUGAGCCAGUAACUGCCAAGGAUGGCGACGAGUAUGCCAUGUCUGGUGGUAGAAGUGGUUCUGCUGCGAAUGAAGAACCUCAAGAAGAUGCAGGCUCUGUAGCAGAUACCGAACGGACCUCAAAAUCCACUGGUAAGCGACAACUAUCUGCAAGAGAACGUCGCCUAGCAAGGAAAGGUCAACUCCAAGAUCUACCCCGAGUUCCAUCCGACGCAGGGCCUGCAGCUGACGGUGCUGAACAAGAGGAGGCUUCAUCCGACGAAGAGGGCAGCGCGAAGGGCCCGGUGAAGGCACCCGGCACAGUAACAACGCAGAACACAAAACCAAAGAACGCGCCCCUGCCCCGAGGCAAGCGCGCGAAAGCAAAGAAGCAGGCUGCGAAGUACGCUGCGCAAGAUGAAGAGGACCGUGAACUAGCGAUGCGCCUCUUAGGUUCCAAGUCCGGGCAGCAGGCUGCCGAAGCUGCCGCUCAAGAAAAGCGCCAGAAAGAAGAGCAAGCACAGGCCGACAAGCAACGGCGUCGCGACCAACAUCUCCGCGCUCAAGCCGCAGGCAAAGCUGCCGAAGAGGCUCGCCUACGCGCCCUCGAGAACGCCGAGGAAGAUGACGAAGGCGAUGAGGUCCUCAAAACAAACUUGCAGAACCUAGACGCCUUCACAGGGCGACCACUACCAAAUGACGAAUUGCUCACGGCCAUUCCCGUAUGUGCUCCCUGGUCAGCUCUUUCCACCUACAAAUACAAAGCCAAGAUCCAACCUGGCUCCACCAAACGCGGUAAAGCCGUCAAGGAGGUCCUUUCUAUCUGGGAUCACGCUGGAAAAGAUGCCAAGAUAAUCGACAAGAACGCCCAGGACGUAGAGCGUAUCUGGCCAAAGGAGAUUGAGCUGAUUAGGGGAUGGAAGGAGACUGAGGUUGUAGGGGUUGUGCCUGUUAGUAAGGUACGAGUUAUGAUUGCUGGCGGUCGCCGCGGUGCCGAUAUUGCUAAGGGCAAAAAGAAGAGUGCGAGGGGCGGGAGAGGCUCGAAGAAGAAAUAG